UGUUUUGUAACUGCACAUUUGCUUUGACAGUUUGUGCCUUCAAGGAACUCAAAAUCUAUCCCCAAACUACAAAUUAGACAACAAGACAAAACGUUUUGACGAUGAAAACGUAGUUUUAGCUUUCUUUAUACUUUGUAGUAAUGUAGUUUGCACUCCUGGCCAAAAUUCAAAAUGGCGCAUUCAAAAGGGCACGCACUCGGUGAAAAAGUGGAGACAUGAUUCGUCAUCAGCACGCAUUCUAUGUCUAUUAUUUCUAUGACUGCAACAAUUACUGCCCCGAAAUAUCUUCCAUAUCAAUGAUUUUCUCUUUCAUGAUGUAUGUUCUUCCGUCAAUGGAAAAUAACUAGACACAUAAUCCUGCCAUAAAUGUGUAACCAUUACUUCACAAACCUCAAUAACAAUUUUAUGAACUCUACUAGGAAAAAAAUUGACAGAAAAAAAGAAAUUUGCAAAAAAAGAAACAAAAAAAGAAAUUGUCCGGCUCUGUUUUAAUUUUUUUCUCCAACUGGUUUCCAAUCUUGUGAAGAAUGAUUGGGAAGAUUUGACUGUCGUGACAAGCGAAAAGUAUUCUUAAAACGCUUUUCAGAAUAGUUUGACCACGAAUAGUUCAACUCCAACCUAUUAAUAACUCCACUAUACUGAUUUUUGAAGUCGACGACAUGAACGGAUUCGGAGCAUUUUCGCUUCACACAAAUUGGAAGGCAAUGUCAAGCAUAGCCGAAGAAUCUUCCUUUUUCUAUUUAAAUACCAAGUACAAAAUUUGCAAUUGCUUCUGACGCAUUUCUCUUCUAAUUUCCAGGAUUUGUUUCAAGAUAAUUGCUUUGGUGAACGCCGUCGCAUUUAUUUUAUAAGCCUUCAUCUGUCCAUCUUAAAGCCUGCAACACCUGCAUGUUUUGAUUUUCCGACCAAAAUUCGACGUCUAAACUGACGCAACACUUCGGUCGAAUUUCCGUCGCAGAAUUGUCACAUUAAAUGCGACGAAUUAAAUUCGACUGAAAUUCGACGUAUAAACUAGGCCUAAGAAGGUACAGCAGAAGUGUAACUCGAGUCCUGCGUCGGUUCCCUUAUUGUUUUACGUCCAGGAAAAUUUUAACUCGCUCACACCAUCCUGGCUAGUACAACCAGAAGUUUUUAUCAGGUUUCGGUAGGUGCAAAGUGCCGGUUGUACUAGCCAGGAUGGCGUGAUUGAUGACGAAUCGCUUGUAAAAACGCGGACAAAUACUUGCUUGAGUUACACUUCUGCUGUACCUUCUUAUUCUGUGACGCGGAGAACGAAGUCGUAUAACCUGCGAUCAGGCGUUCUUGUGCGGUGGUAUGCCUUACGAGUGUUUCCCUUCUCUAGUCUCUACAAAAAUUGUCUCUACAUCAUUGCGCGUUGCAUGUAGCGGCACAAAUUGCCUCGUCUAAAAUAUCCCUUAAUUUAGGCACACAGCGCAAACGGUUACACUAAUUCUGUCAACAUUCUUUGUAAAAUAUCUUGAGUUCGUAAAAUAAGAAAAACAAAGCACACGAUAUACUGUAGAUUUUAAAUAAUACCCUUUCAUGUUUUUCCCGAUUCAUGUGAAAUUUACACUCCACCUUCAGUCCGCAGUUACACGACAUCGGAUCGACUUGACACAACUUCGUAUUAACAGUUUCAUGCAGGGCUAUAUAUGCAACGUAAUGAUGACACAGAGCGAUGUUAUGUUGUACUACUUCGUACUCUGCAUUCUUUACUCCGCACUCCGCUUUUUCUACGUACUACGUAAUUUGUCCAUAGAUAUCUUAUAUACACUAGAUAGCGCAUCUCUUUUAUUAAAAUUGAAGCCAAGAAUAUUCCAGCGGUUACCCCCAUUUGAAUAGAUGGCAGCCAUAUUGGUCGUUCCCACUUGCUAAUGAACGCUUAAAAGCGACAAUAACAUUCAUCCUUUGAAUAGUUUAAAAAUGUAUUUGAAAUAGGGUUAACUUCGUGUUUGAAUUCUCUGUUUAAGAAAUAGAAAACAUACGAAUCUUCUCAUUUCAUGGGAACGACCUGAGACUUCAAUUUUUGAAUUGCAGAAUAAUUAGAUGCACUAUCUAGUGUAUAUAAGAUAUCUAUGAAUUUGUCGAUUUUUGGCUGAAAAAAGAGGAUAGAAAGCAGAGGGCAACCCUAUAAGGAUUUCACUCAUGAGUAAUCAUCGACAAUGGAACUCGCCGAGUGUCGGUGUCAUACGGAAACCAGGCUUUAACUUUCAUUUUCGCCUCUUUACAUGACGGUUGAAAUCGUAUGGAGAGUGCAUGCAUGUAUGCUACUUGCACACGGGACUAGACGAACUCACGAGUCCGCAGCAAGAAUCGUACCCAUGAUCCUCGAGGUUAAAAGAGCUUGCUCAGACUGCGCAAAUUCGUUUGGUUUCAUUUGAUCACUUGGUAACCCAACCCUUUCCUUUUCCUUAUCUAUAGAAUCUUGAAAUAGCUAGAGUCCGGCCGUUCCAUCCGCGAAUAUGAUCUCUCUAUCACAUAAUUUACUGUUAUAUCCAUGGAUAUAAUAACACAUGUUUAUGCUUAUGUCACGGAAAUAAGAUUCUAUAAUACGACUAAGUACUUUCCGGAGCCGGUUGUGAUUGAUGAAGAAGAUUUGUCAGCGACAUGCACUUUCCGUGAUCAGCCAAUACGACCUAAACAAUGUCUGUUGAGAAAGGGGUCCUACCUUCCACUGAGUCUUCACGCAUCAAUGGAGCAGGAUUACGUACCAAUACUUUCCAACUCUGAAAUAUUGUCUUGCUCCGCCAUGCUUCAGAAUUAGUGAACAAAAAACACAAAGAGAGGGCGCAGCCCAGCGGUAAUUAAUGUAAAGGUGCAUGAUUAACAACGUUAUUGUGUUAUAGUUAUGUAACGUGCCAAACACUGGUGCAACUUUAAUUUAUACAAUUGCUGUAUUAGCAAUAAAACUCAACCAAGAUACAAAUAUGUUCCUGCACAAAACUAUAAAUAAGACCUUUUACAGUAACCUUGAACUCUGUCUCUCAAAACAAAGUAUUUUCACUAACAGUUAUACCUUUGCUUCCUCGAUUUUGUUUGAACGGAUAACUUAAAACCUAAUGCUUCAGGUAGAAUAUAUAAACAGCAUUUUACAUCUAAUGCUCAUGCAGUAAUAAUCUGUUAGUAAAUUAAAUAAACAGCAUUUACAAGAGUUAUAUUUGUAUACAUGCAUGCGUGAAAAAAACAAUCAUUGUUAAGUAAAUUGAGUGGAGUAUUUAUAUCUCGAAACAUAAAUAAUUAAACUUAAUUUGCAGCGUGUUUUCAACAAUCACGAGUUAAAGAAUAUUAUGUAUUUUAUUUAGGCAGUUUUCAUUAAAAAAUACAUUAAAAACUACAAUUUCUUCUUUUCAUUUUCCCCUUUCCGUUCAGCCUGUCUUACCGCUUUUAUUAAUUUAAUUGCCAAUGUCGUAACUAACCAUCGGGGUAGUAGGCUGUUGUAUACAAAUGCCUAAAGAAAAAACACUAUUUGUUGGUUCAAAAAGAUAAAAGGCAUGCUUGAAUGAAUACUAAUACUAGUUAUUUUAUCUAUUUAUUUAAAACAUCUUUUUGCGCAUGCAGUACAGUAACUAUUAAAUUAACCAUAAUAAGUUAAAAUACAGCCAAACAUGCAGGGUUGCUUUUCAUUAGGCCGUGCAUGUAGAAAUAAGAUUAAAAAUGUUUCUAGAAAAUCCCACCCCACCCUGGGGAGUGAAUAGGGGUAUACAAAUCCACCGAUCCGCCCAAAUUUGAAGCAAAAUCCGCGAUCCGAGCUAAAAUAUUAGAUAAAUCCGCAAUCUGGUCAAUUGUACCAGAUCCGAAAUCCGGACAAUUUUCUAUUCAAUCCGACGGUCCGAAAACCUAUUCACCCCCCCCCCCCUCCCACUCUACUAGCAAUUUCUUUCCCAAAUCUUCUUUAUUUCCCCUUGUAUAUACAGCUAUUUCAAUUAAGGUUGUCCCCCAAGCAAAGCGGAAAAGACGCAUACGAGCGCGAAAGGCUGCUGGGAAUCGCUAAUAAAUUCAUUCAUUUAUUAGCGAUUCCCAACAGCCUUUCGCGCUCGUAUUCGACUUUUCCGCUUUGCUCGGGGGACAACCUUAAUAGACCUUUCCCCUUUUAAGUGAAAUUUUGAUCUAGACUAGCCUGGACAAAAAUCAUCACAGCUUGAAAGAGCAUCACAAAAUUAGUAAUAUUCCGAAGUUUCGUUGCGAAAUGUUGUAAAAUGCGGAUAAUAUAGCUUUGCGAAGUUUGCCGUUUUUCAGUCAUUUUGUAUUACAAACGGGAAAUUGAUGAUCAGUUUGGUCAUCUGAUUAUCAUCAAUUUCCCGUUUGUAAUGCAAAAUGACUGAAAAACGGCAAACUUCGCAAGGCUAUAUUAUCCGCAUUUUACAACGGAACUUCGGAAUAUUACUAAUUUUGGUGUACUCUUUCAAGCUGUGAUGAAAUUUUUGUCCAGACUUGUCUAGAUCAAAAUCUCACUUAAAAGGGGAAAGGUCUAUUGAAAUAGCUGUAUACAGCUAAUUGGGGUUGUCCUUUGAACUGCUCUCUAAACCUUAGGGAGUAUUCAUUUUUUAGCUUGGGGGGGGGGGUCGGCCGGAGGAAUUUGGAGGUGGGUCAGCCAAUUUUGACAUGCUUCAAAGGGGUAGGUCUUUUGAUAGUUUUGGUAUAAAUGGAGGGGGUCACAAAAAUAAUCAGUGAAAAAAUCACCAAUAUAAUUUUAUAGAAUUUGGAAAUAUUUGGAUCAAGAAUGGUAAAAAUGUCUAGAAUCUAUCAACUAUCUCGUCAUCUUUAACACAGAAGCAACUAGAAAUUCGUUUGACGCUCUGUUCACCAGUCCAUAGGAAAACAUUUCCUUGACCUUGUUUUUAUCCGUUUUUGUGUGAAAGCAUGAAUGAAAACGCAGGGCCGUAACAACGGGGGGGGGGGCGUAAUUUGCUAAUAAUCAUUCUUUUUUCAAAAUAAUGCAGACUUUUAUCAAUUUUAAGCUUUAUUAAUUUUAAGCAGUACAUUAUCCAUGACAAACUGCAAAGAAUGAAGAUAUUACCCACAGUUUCCUGAAACUUAUCCUGGUUAUCCAAUAUGCCCUCGCCCAUUUAGUACUACCAAAUUGUAAAUUUCGACAUACUAAAACGCUAUUUUCUGACCAUCAGAAUUCUGUCAAAAUCUUUCCCAAAGUCCAGGAAAUGGCAUUUCAGAGACUCUAGAUUUAAAAAUUUCUUCGGACCUUUGGCCCUCGCUUUCAGCCUCCCAAUCAUAAAGAGCUUCCUACAGCCCUGGAACACUACGGAAAUGACACCGUGUGGAUUAAUAAUAGUUAGGAUAAGGGGUCAAAAAAUUUUUCAGUAAAAAAAUGGGUGUCAUAAUUUUUUAUCAACUUUUCUCUCGGGGGUUCCAAGUUUUAGCAUGGAAUUAGACUUCAGUUCCUCCAGCCCACCCCCCACCCCCCAGCUAUAUAAAAAAUGAAUGCUCCCUUACCUUUAAUAUUAAGCUCUAAGCGCGAAAAAGGCACCGUGGUUGCCGUAUUUAGUCAGAAAGACUUGAUUGUCACACUACUUGUACAUAAGCCAAAAUUUACGAUGGAGAGCGUUUCCAUUGCACUUUUCGCGCUUAGAGUUUAAGGAUUAAGGUCUAAGGUACUGGUCAUAAAGUAACUGCUGGGGUGGGCUGGAGGUAAAUCACAAAUUUUGCCAAUAAGUUCGGUGACACGUCUUAGGAUGUAGAUCUAUCUUACAAAAAUUUUUUCAUGACCCACCCAAUCUAAAUUGGGUAGUAAUAACUUUUAUAAUAAAAAAAAAUACUUGCAAGUAUGAACAUUGCAAUAUACACGACACUGUAUUCAUGUAUUGACAUAGAUAAUUCCACCAAGCUAGACCAACACAUUCAUCACCAAUUACGAUACUGAGCUGCUUUCCAGUAGGUUGUAUUCGCUGUGAUUCGACCACUUCUUGUUGUUGUAUAAACAAAGUACUGGCUUCAAUAGCAUCAUUUGCAUUUGAUAAUUUUGAUAGUUUUGUUUAGUUUUAUUAUUAAUAUAUUCAUGUUAUGAAGUCGACAUGCAUGGGUUUUUGUUUGGUGGCCCAACCAUGGACAUACAAAAAAAUUGGCGGCCCAUCGAAACUGCCCAAAGAUUUUCCAUGGCCCAUCCCAAAUCACUCCAGCCCAACCUAGCAGUUACUUUAUGACCAGUCCCUAGGUUUAUAGUUUGGAAGGACAACCUUUUUUGAACGACUGUAGCUGUAUGUAUAUAUAAAUAUUUUUAUUUAGCUAAUUAAAAAACUGUUUCUUGGGCCGCUUGUACGAAGGCCAGAUAGCGCUAUCAAACAGAUAGGGAACUCAUGCACCUGUUGUAAAAAUGCUGGGUCAACGUAUUAUUUUAGGAAGUUUGAAAAAGUCGCUACCCGGUAGAUAGUGCUUUCUGCAUGGUCUUCGUACCACCGGCCCCUGGGGGACCAUUUAUUCUGUUCAUCAUUCACCUGUAACUCAUGAGGCCAGUAACCAUGACAUUUGAAUGUAACUCCAACUUUCUUCAACACACUACGUACGUAGUCAUCUGGAGUAGGACAAAACAACGCUGGCUUCAUACCACUCAUCUUUGUUGCAACAAAGAAUGGCAUCACACACUGUAUUUAUAUGAAAUAGUAAUAAUUAAUUCAUCGCUGUUUCAUAUAUAAUAUACCCCGAUCGAAAAUCAAUGAAAAAAAUCAUUGCUGUAUUAUAUACAUUUGCACCUUGUAUUAUUAUAGUCUUUCUUUUAGAUUUUCAAGAUAAACUGUUGUCAUUUUUAGAUUUUCGUUUUAAUUUUACUUCUAUACUUAUAGCUUGGUACAACAAUACUUCAAAAAAUAAGUUAAGACCCCUACAUUUUCUUAAAAUGAAAGAAAGAACUCCGAUAUCUAGAUCCGAAAUUUUCGACAAUUACUACUUGGUGAAAUAGAAAGGGUAUAUUCCACUACAACAAACAAUAACCGAAAGUGCAUGCUUUAACGAAUUUUUUUCAAACUGCAAUGAAUGCAUCUGGUACGAAUGAGGUGAACUUUGUUGACAUACUUAAUGACCACUAUAUUUCACUCAAGUAAACACCAUCCCUACUCGUGCCAACAAAAUACUAGAUCUUGUUAUCACCACUGUUCCAGAACUAGUCAUUGUGUCUAAGUACUUCGCCCAGAGACAACUGAAAUAAUGACGGAUCACUCAACAGUCCUUUACGAGUUUUCUGAGAAUGUUAAAGCAAGACCAAAAGUUGAGAGGUAUGUCAAUAACUACAACGCUGGUGACGUUUGAGGACUGCGACGUGCAUUGAACGCAAUCAAUUUGACGUCUCUCGUUGAACAUGCCAUAGAUAUCAACAUCGCUGGUAACAAUGGAAUUAUGGAAAUAUGCGUAUUUAACAGCCGUUUGCAUUAUAUACCGAUGAAAAAGAUCAAACGACGCAAUCCAGCUCCAUAGGUCAAUGGUACCAUUCUUAACGCCAUAAGGAAGAAAGACUCAGCUCGGCAAAAACUUAAGGCUUCUCCAAACAAUUUUCGACUGCAGCAGCAAUUUAAGACCUUGCGAUCUGAAGUCAAGCAUAUGUUGCGGAAAGUCGGGAAAAGUUUUUCAACAAUUUAGGGACUGACACUAAACAAAAACCAAAGCGUUUCUGGUCGGUAUUGAAAAGAAGCUCAAAGACAAGAAACAUCCCUGACAACGGGCUGACAUCAUUUCAUCCGCAAACAACGUCAACACACCUGCUGCAAAUACAACGCAACGAAUGGUGGCCGAUAAUCCAGAUGGUAUAGCAAACAUGUUCAACCACUAUUUUGCGUCAGUAUUUUCAAGAAAGAAAGCUAACAAGGAAGACGUCAAUGAGUCUGACGAGCCAAUCAUGACUGAUUUAGCAUAUUGCGAAGGCGAAGUUUCUUAUGUGUUAAAAUCACUUGAUUCAAGCAAAGCAACAAAUCCUGAUGGUAUUCCCGCAAGACUACUAAACACCUUGCCUAUAUAUGCAAGAAGCUUAAUUUAUCAGUUCUUUCAGGAAUAAUGCCAGAAGAAUGGAAAUUGGCUAAUAUUGUGCCCGUGCAUAAGAAAGGUGACAAAGCGUGUGCUGAGAACGAUCGCCCUAUUUCCCUAUCAUGCAUUACAUCAAAAGUUCUGGAACAUUGUGUGCUAAACCAAGGCAUUUCUUAAUACCAUGGGCUGGUGGGACAUUUGCCCCACUGAGCCCCUUACUCUACCCCACCACUGAAGAAAAAAAAUGGCCCAUUGCCCCAAAGCCAGAGGCCUAGGACCUGUAUUGAGUAAAUGAGUUUCACAUUGAAAAUAAGUUUAAAAAACAAAAAUUUGUUGUUGAGCAUACUUAAACUUAUGUUAUGUUUGAAUGUUUAGCAUGCAAUUUAUUUCACCAUUAAAACUUUGUUUUGAGAAGCUGAGAUUUUUUUUAAAUGAGUUCUCAGAAUGCAGCAAAUGCUAUUUCAGAGACCCAAAUUUUAAAAAUUUCCUGGGUGGGGGGACAUGCCCCCAGCUUCAAUCCCCCUAGCUAACUCGUGCCUGCGGUACUCUGCUCACACCUUCGGCGAUCGCAUACUAUACUGGGGGAGGGCAAGGAAAAUGGGCCCUUUUGGCAGUUAUGCCCCACCACUGAAGAAUCCUUAAAAAAUGCACUGUCCUAAACAACAUCACAACUCGUUUGUAUGAUGCAGUUAACAUGUGUCAACAUGGGUUCAUGGCUGGGAGAUCUUGCAUAUCAAAACUCAUCGACACACUUGACUACGUUCGAUCAUGUCUAGACAGUGGAAGACAUAUAGACAUGAUUUAUGUGGAUAUGUCAAAGGCAUUCGACAAGGUCGAUCGUAAGGUAUUAAUACAAAAGCUGCAGAAAGACUAUGGUUUUGGAGGUAAUCUCCUCAGAUGGUUCCGUUGCUAUCUAGAAAAUCGUAAACAACGUGUAACAGUGUUAGGAGCAACGUCGGACCUACUUCCUGACACAUCUGAUGUACCGCAAGGUUCAAUACUUGGGCAUUGUUCCUCCUCUACGUCAAUGAUCUGCCAAGCAAUGUUAAGUCAAGACGCGUUGCAAUGUUUGCGGACGAUACCAAAGUCUUCAAGGCAAUACAAUCGCCUAAUGAUGCAGUAAACUUACAGGACGACAUCACUAACUUGGGAAACUGGUCAUCUGAAACUGGCUUACAGUUCAACGAAACAAAAUUCAAUGCACAAUCAAUUACCCGUAAAACCAAUCCAAUCCCUACCACCUAUUUUAUUAAUGACGCUCCACUAGCAUCAAUUAAGCAUGAUCGUGAUCUCGGUAUCUGGAUAUCUUCCGAUUUGACAUUGAACAAGCAUGUUAACAAACAGUGUGCACAAGGAAAUAAAAUGCUUAGCUACAUCAGACGGAACACACGAACAAUUAAUAGCAUUAAAACAAGAAGAGCCAUUUACUUGUCACUGGUACGAUCACAUCUUGGUUACGCGACGCAAGUCUGAACACCUCAAUCUAUCGAACUUCUGCUCAAACUAGAAAAACCUCAAAGACAUGCAACAAAAUAUAUUCUUAAUCUUCCAUUUAUCAGUUCAGUAAAUUAGAAAUCCAGAUUGCAAACUCUCCAUCUACGGUCAAUAUGUUACUGGCAUGAAUACCUUGAAAUGAUUCAUUUCUUCAAAGUAAUUCAUGGCAUUAUCAGUUCGUCCUUUGCCUUGCACGCCAAGACAACAAGAUCGUCCACUAAUACGAAAGGUGUAAAGUACGAAGUCCCACGGUGCAAAACAACAACCUACCAAAGAUCAUUCUGGAUAAGAACUAUCAGAACAUGGAACAAAUUGACGGACAUUCUUGACUUGGGUAUGGAGAACUUCAACACAUUCAAGUCUGUAAUGCGAGAGUACUACCAUACUGCAUUAAAGAACACAUACGAUUGUGGUGAUGCACGAACUUUUAAGUUUUAAAACGAUUUGCCCGAAAUGCAAUAGAGCAAGGGCUUUAACGAACUCAAUGAACUGUUGUUUUUAGCCUCCAUGGUUUAAUUGUUAUUUGUGUUAUUGAUAUUUGUCUCUUACCGUUUUGGGCCCGCAGUAAUUAGUUUCAGGCUGUUGCGCAUACCCAACCAUCAACUCAGUUUAAGUCAUUGUACUAUGUAUGUUUGCAUGUAUAUUUCUGUACGUACAAUGAUGAUGGAAAAGCAAUUAAAUUAAAUUAAUCGUGAGUGCCGUUGCUACGGCAACAAUGACUAAAACUAAAUCAACUCAUAUAUUUUCACAUUGAAAUACGCCAGUGUAUAUUCUUAAUCAAGGUGUGUCAAAAUACAACAGGUUUAACUUCCCAUUUUUGUUAUCUUUGUCUUUGGAAAAAUAUAGUCGGUGGUGUCCAACCAUUCUCAAAAGAUUCAACAAAGAAUUACUCCAUGUUGGACGCAAGUCGAAUUGCAAACAAGGAAAAUCUUUUGUCAAAUCCAUCCAACAUGGCGACGAUGACGUAUCAUGCACUUUUAUUCCCCGAUAUUUUUUAUUAUAUAUCGCUGAAGACUGAAGCAAAAUACGAAAUACGUACGCAGAAUAUACACAUACAGCCAAAAAGCAUAACUACCCCCACGCCAUAAAUCGUCAUCAAAAUCACUCGUCAUUCUCCUAGCCAGCGCGCCUGCAAGAGGCAUUCACAUGACUGAACGUCCGCCAUUUUGAAUAUAUUCAAGGGGUGCUUGUGCCUCUCAUAAGCGCAAUGGCUAGGAACAAGGCGACAGCAUUGCAACAGCCAAAAUCAUAGGCGCCAACAAGAAGUCGGACUCUGUAUGUGUUUAUUCUGUGAAGUACGUCCAACCUUUCUGACUGAUUUUAUUUGAUCUGGACUGGAAAUACUGUAAGUUUAUACUCGACGUAGUCCAUGCGCAGCUGUGUGUAAAUAGUAAACUAUAUUUAUAUAAUAAGCCAUAUAUUUAUGGGGCUUCGGUGGCGAAGCGGUUAGCGCACUUGCCUCUCACCUCUAAGGCCGCAGGUUCAAGCCUCAGUGAGAGCUUUCUCAAUGCGACUCGAAAACGUGGAAACAGCAAAAGGGGCGCUAUGCCGAAAGCCGUGGGUCCUCUCCGGGUACUCAGGUUUCCUCCCACAGGGAAAGUCGACAGGGUGGGUUAGGUAAAAGGGCCCACAGCAACCGGCAUAUAUGUGGUGACCCUGCCACAGUUGAUAAAAUAAAAACAAUUUACAAAAAAGAACACAAAAAAUGUCAAUAAAUGACCGAAUCCAAAAGUCGCGACAAAGCAAUUUGUCCCGUUGUGUCCGGCUAAUUUUUCCCGCCAAAAAAUGAACAUAGACUUGAGGUUUAAAUACGUGCCGAUAGAUGUGUUUACCCCUGAAAAAGGGAUGGUAAGACAAAAAUCGAAAUAAAACGGUCAAAUGAAAUGUAGACACUGUACGUUUAGCUGCGCUGAAAUGAACAAAGUCAAACCAAAAAGCGGGAGAUUUCUGCCGUAUGGACGAAACGUUCUUCACAUGCGCGAGAAAAUUAUUUAUUUCAUGCAUGAAUGGCUUAUAUGCAUUGCCCCGCAGUAUAACAUGUUAAGAUAUGCCUUGGAAUCUACAGUGUAUAAAAAACUGCACAGUUCGAAAAUAUCCGCUAAACUGCAAAUUCCGCAAAGGUUUGAAAACUAUAUUGGUACUUAGGGGUCUGCCAGUAUCUUUAUCACUAAAAUUAUUUCAUAAAGUAGAUUUUCGAGUGCAAGAGGGUUGUUUUUAAAAACCAUUAAAAUGGCUUGCGCACAAAAAUGGAAGGCUUAAAACGUAAUUUGAAUUAAUUAUGAAAGUACCAGACAAUUUGAUGUAUAUUAAGUCCAACGCGCGACCUCUAAAACUUGGAUUUUUUGCUAUAGUAUAGCCUUUUACGCAUAAUAUUAAAACUUUUUGUCUGAGAAAUAAAUGGUGCAUAAAAUCAAUAUGCAUAAAAUCAGUUAUAUGUAUGCUUUUAAUAAAACGUACGUGAUCGGCUAAGACGGCAAAACGUCCAAUUAAGUUUUAGGGGUCCCGUGUUGGAUUUAGUGUACAUCAAACUGUCUGGUACAGUAACUUUGAUAGUUCAUAAGCCACCUUCCAAAUUUGCAGCCUAUAUAUAAAGUAUUCAAAUUGCGUUUUAAGCCUUCCAUUUUUGUGUGCAAGCCAUUUUUAAGGUAGUUUUUAAAAACAACCUUCCUGCACUACCGUGUAACCAAUAAUCUAUUGGCGUUGUAAUGCCAUUGUAUGCAAUAAAGCACUGGGUUGUAAUGGGUUUACAAUUAAUUCAAACGUUAAUCCAAAUCCAAACCCUAAUCCUGACUCUAAUCCUAACCUAUAACCCCUAACCUCUAACUCCCACCCCCUAACCCCUAACCCUAAAGUUGAUGACCUUUUUUUAACUUUUUUUUUAGCAUUUGCCCCGCCCCCGCCAGCCUCCAAGUCACGCAAAUUACAUUUAUAACUAAAACGUUUGUCCAAUGCUUGUGGGUUUGUCUAUAAUCAGUUACAACCCAAUACUUUAUUGCAUACAAUGGCAUUACAAUUGCCAAUAGAUUAUUGGUUACAACGUGCGGAACGGGUGUUUUUUAUAUAUAAGACUUUGAAUGACUGAUUACACAAUUGGCCUUUACUGUACGUUACCUGGACAAUUAUGCCUUUGUUGGCAUACUCUAUCUGAAGACUUUCAGAAAAUUUGGUCAUACCAGCCUAUUGCAGAAGAAACAAUAUACAUGAAUAGUCAAUAGUUUAAAAUCUGUGCUCUAAUUUUUGCCUGCUUUGUACAUUGUGCUGUGAUUCAUGCGAUCAAUAUUACACUUAACAACUGCAAAAUCCUUUCCUCCAAUGUUGAAUGCCUCCUUUGAUAAAAACGACUUUCAAUUAACGAAAGAUAUUUUCAUGAAGUUGCUUAAACCAUGCACUACUUACUCUGUGCACGCAUGCACUGACAAAAUUCACCCCAACAGCAUAAAACAACAUAAAAUUACAUAAAACCAGAAAUAUAUACAACACGCAACAAUCCCUCGCCCACAUUUUCCAAACAUUGUUUUUACAUGAAAUAUUGUUAAUUAAGCCAACACUGAGCGCAGGCUCGCGUUUGUCGCGUUAUGUUAGCCAUGGCACGCGUACGAUCGUUGUUUUUUUUUACGUUUUUGUACAAAACCACAAAAACUGAAUAUUUUACACUUUUAACCACAGAACUAACGAUUUCUAAAAUAUACAAAGUAGGUAUGUUAUUUUGCAUUCUAUGGGUCUAUCAUAAUGUAAAAUUCAAUACGAAACAACUAUGAAUAUUCAUUACCGAUAAACUCUUCAACUGCUUUUUGCCGAUAAACUCUUCAAGUUAUUACCCGUACUUUGAUCAAAUGAAAUAAAUUUAAAUCAUGCAGGUCGCUCUUGAAAUGAUUUGAGCUCCUAAGUUAAUUCAAAGAAAAUUUUACGGCAUACAAUGAAAAUGAAAGCUGCAUGUAGAUUGUAUAUAUAGUACAUGUUCAGGAUCAGGGCCUUCCGGCAGGCGAAAAAUGAACAGCAAAGUCAUGCAUAACAGUAAAAGCAAACUUAGUAGUUAGUACCCUUCACUUCAGGAUUUCAUGUACUUACUGUUUCAUUAAAAUUUAAAAAAGGUGAUUUAUAACUCUUUGUGUGAAACGAUUUCCAACCUUUCUGUCAUGUUUUUUAAUCUUUGUUUCCUUCACUCCUGGCAAACAGCUAUAUUUUUGAGAUCAGUGAGAUGACCGCAAAUGCAUAGCUAUGCGUUCUCGAUUGUUGAUGAACUUUAGACUUCGCUAAUGCUUUCCUUUCCCCGGCUGUAAAUAGCCGAGCGGAAUUAGUACCCUUGCCACGGGCUUCCCCCAACGCCCACCGCGCGUGGCUCGGGGAUAAGUCCGAACAAUUCAUUUUGAAGUAUGGAACUUGGAUUUAAUUUUAUUCUCUAUUGAAUGACUUGUGUUUAAAACAUGUUUGGGAACUAUUAAUAGUUGUCAUACCUUUGUUGCUGCAUAUGCUCCAAGGAGAGGCGCUGGCGUGAUACAACCAACAGAGGAUAUAUUAAUAACCACUCCUUUUUCUCUGAAUAGAAAAAAGGCUGUUGAGUCUGUAUAGAUCGCUUCCACUAAUCACGCGACAAAUCCUAAAAUCUUCACUACUAAAGCUAGAACGUUGGCUGCUUCACAUGGGUUUCACUCUAGACUGUUACUAUACGAGUGCUAACAAAAAAUUGAGUGGAUACAAUUAUUUCUCCUUGAGUUAGGGAGAUUGAAAAAUACUAUUGCUGACGUCAGCAUUAUUGGAUAAUUAUUCCUUGACUGACAAAAGCGCGUUCUAUAGUCUAUAUACGAAGCACAGGCAGCAGGGUAUAUAACUUUCCGUCGGAUAACUUUAAUUUAACCGGAAAAUUCAUUAAAUUUCCAGGCUAUUUUUUUUAACACAUGAAUUCCAUAUUUCAUAUCCGUUGUUCAUGAUUAGAUUCUUCUUUUUCAAUUGUUGCUAGAUUAUCCUUAACUUUUAUAAUAUUUUCAUAGUGUGGACUGCAUGUGGUGUUUUUAUCGACUAGCCUAAUUCAACAUUUUACGAACAGCAGCAACUAUCUGUUGUGAGUUGUGUUAUCUGGUUUUACGUUGCAUAAUUUUUCUUCUUAAAUACACUAUAACAUUGUAAUAUUUUAUUCCUCGGCCAUGUAGACUUUUUAUAACAAAUUUAAGAACAUUUUUUCGUAAGGUAUGAUUGGCUAAUCACAGCCAGCAAACAAAGUUCAGCGACUUGUUGUCUAUUGACUAUUGUCCGUAUAGUUUGUUCGGUUGUCCAAAAGUAGUUGUUUUUUUAUUUUUCCUUUCGGUUCAUCCUGUGUUUUGAUAAGUAAAAGCGAGAAAUUUACUUCGAAACUAUAUAAGAGAAGAAGCUAGAGAAAACGCGAGUCAAAUCAGAAGGCUGAACAUCUGAAGUGAACUCUGUGAACAUUGAAACAUUGCCAAUAACAUGCAGUCUGGCAAGAAAUAUUUCAAGUACAAAAAUUCAAAUGCAGCUUUUUAUGUCUAUAGCACUCCAUUACUCAUUAGGUGUAGAACUAUUUGACGGGAGGACGGGGGGGGGGGAUUUUCUUUGCAAUAAGUCCGGAGGUUUGUCGAACUUUUAUGGUGUAGAACCUAUGCAGGAGUUUUUUUCUAUAUAUUUUUAUAUAUUCCAUGUUGCUGUGGGAAUAUUUCCCCUAAAUACUUGCAUGAACUAACCGCUGAUCUAAUAUUAUUAGAUCAGUGGAACUAACCAACAACAAGUACGCCAACCAGAUCAGUCAAUCGAGCUGUUAGAUAUGGAGAGUGAUGGCGACAACAACAGGUGGGAAAAUUAUCUGAGCUGCGCGAAAACCAACCUCGUCCCCAGGGUCUUCCUCGUGGUGGCGCGUGAGCUGAGGAAGACCCUGGUAAAAUACGAUGGAAUCUCCAAGAUUCUUGGAGAUUUAUCGCAUGCGCAGUAACGACAACGUUAUGUUGCUGACUACAAUUAGCGCUGGCGCUUACGAUUUUCUUGCUUAAAAAUACACAUGUUUUGUUGAUUCUUUAAUAUGUAUUUAUUCUCAAAGUUUUAACAAAUUUUAAGAAAAAUACGUCAGAUAUAAGCUGUGAACAUACAUGUACACAAAACUGUGCAACAUUCGUCAUCAUAUUGUAUCAAUUUGUCGGAGUAUGGCGCUCAUAUUUGUGACAUUGUUUUGUUCGCUUUGGCAACCCUCGUAUAUAUCAGAUCCUGUUCGGCCUCAAAUGCGACUGAAUGAACACUGAUAGUGUUGCCUGGAAUAUGAAAUGAUAUUGACUGAUUGUUCUGUAUAUCAAGGUAGGUACUGUACAUUUAUACUGAAUUUAUUCGAUUUAUUUUCACACGUUGCUUUCACAUUUUCCCAGAGUCUCGGAAAUCACAUUUUCAAUUAAACACAGUUUCACACAUGUAUAAAUACAAGACUUCAUUUCACACAUACAGAAAGACUUCAUUUCACACAUACAGAAAGACUUUUAAUCAAAUUAUGAUAACAGUAUGAUAAUUAUGAUAACAGUAGAAAUUGCUUAGAAAGAUUUUAUUCUUUUUUUCCAUAUACAGUACAACUGUUAUUUUGAUUUUCUCUUUCCUAUAUUUUCUUUAAUUAAAGCAGGUACUGUUCUGUUACAAAACAACUAAUAAACAUUUUAUUAUUUUAACAGGUGAACCAUAUUUUACAUCAACUUGGGAAAAGCCAACUUGAAUUCCAUGGAAAUAUAUAAUCAUGUCAUCAAUUAGAUAGUAAACAACCAUUAAGAAUUAGAUGGCCUCAAGAUUAUAUUUCACAUUGACCAACAUGAAAAUUUUUAAAUGGGAAUGAGUUGAUGGCAUUAUAGUUUUCUAAUGUUCAUCAAAGUGAAGAAACUCACUAUACCUUUUCCUGGUACAGAGCCAUGGUAGUAAUCUUAGAAUAUUUUCAUGAUGCCUCUAUUCAGUAGUUCUUUAACCAGUCUAGUAUUAUGACUGUAUUAUUUUAAAUAGCCUUGUUUGACUUUUGUAUUUUGUUUCUUUAAUAAUACAAUCAUUUACAAUGGUGAAAAUUACAGUUUAAUAUUUGCAUUUCUAAUGAUAAUUACUUGCACAUAUCCAUCACACUUCUCUGUUACUAUAUUACUACCAUGCAAGUAAAAUCUCUUGGGAAAAGUAAAAUGUUGUCCCAGGAUGGUCAUAAAUAUCAGCUAAUAAACCUAAUGAAUAUACCCAUAAUUGUGUACAUAUGACUAUCAUAUAAUAUGUUGUAAUUCCUUUGAGUGUUUCAAAUCAAAUAAAUUUUUAUUUUCAGUUGUUCAUUGUUCAAACUUAUUUGAAACCUACAGUAUAUGUAGUUGCUAUGAUUCAAAUUAAUAUGCAAAAGUGUGCCUUUUACUUCAGUCCUUAAUUAUAGACUCCACCCUAAUACAGACACUUUAUUGUGCCACUCCAAUGUUCAUUCAAAGUGAUCCAGAAUAAUCAGUCAAUAUCAUUUCAUAUUCCAGGCAACACCAUCAGUGUUCAUUCAGUCGCAUUUGAGGCCGAACAGCAUCUGAUAUAUACGAGGGUUGGCAGGGUUGCCAAAGCGAACAAAACAAUGUCACAAAUAUGAGCGCCAUACUCCGACAAAUUGAUACAAUAUGAUGACGAAUGUUGCACAGUUUUGUGUACAUGUGUGUUCACAGCUUAUAUCUGACGUAUUUUUCUUAAAAUUUGUUAAAACUUUGAGAAUAAAUACAUAAAGAAUCAACAAAACAUGUGUAUUUUUAAGCAAGAAAAUCGUAAGCGCCAGCGCUAAUUGUAGUCAGCAACAUAACGUUGUCGUUACUGCGCAUGCGAUAAAUCUCCAUGAAUCUUGGAGAUUUCAUCGUAUUUUACCAGGGUCUUCCUCAGCUCACGCGCCACCACGAGGAAGACCCUGGGGACAAGGUUGCGCAAAAACUGCCCGGGUUUUCAGCGGAAAAUAUGCGUGCUUCCACUUGGUUGAUUUAAGGUGGCUUUCCAUGGCAAUUGCUAGAUAGUAUAAUUUCUUGACCCCUAAAAAAAAUUUUUGACCCCUAAAAUGGUACAAUGACCAAAAUUUAUUUGGCGACGGAGGUCGCCAAAAUAAAUUCCGGAAAAUAUUUUUUCGGUACUUGUCGGGCAAAAUCCUGAACAGUCGGGCAAAUUUCUUUCCGCCCCCCUAAAUUUUUCCUUCCGGUACGCCCAUGGUCUUUUUAGAAGACAUUUUAAGGUAAAAAAUGCAAUGUUCAACGUUCAAACUCUUGUGAAAACCGGCGAUCGGCUCGACCGGCGUUAUCCCGAGUUAGCAUGCAAAACUAAAUAUAUUUGCAUUUCUAUGCAAGAAAACACAACAUAUAUUUGAUAUUUCGACGAGGCUAAAAACUUUUUUGUGCGUGUUUUUCUGGAGAUGCGCCUGCGAAAACAUGUACGCGCAUGUCAAUUCAUUGAUCUUGCAGAGUGUGAAAAGCUCUGGUCGCGCGGAAUAAAACCGUGAUUAUUUCGAAAACGAGUUCGGUAAGGUACCCUGAAAAUUUGUACAUGAGUAGAAACAUACUUCAAGAUUUCAUGAUGGGAAAUAAAAAAAAAUUGUCGACAGAAACUGUCAAAAAGUCGAAAUUUAAUUCUAAAGAAUUGAGUCGACAGAUUUUUAAAAAAUUCCCAGAAAUGUUUCUCGACACUAACGUAACUGAUUUAUUAAAAAAAAAUUGGGGUCACCGAACUCAUUUUUGAAAAAAACUCGAAAAACUGCGAUAUUUUCGGCUAUUUAGUAUUACCAUUAUUCGUUAUAGUUGUCAUGGAAACGCAACUUUUAUCAGAAUUCGUCUUGUUUGCGACACAUCUUACUAUGUGUUACAAUUAUAAGUAAAACUUAACCCUUUUGCUCCUUUGGCUAAAAAGUGUAUUGUGCCACCUUAAAAAACAUAAAUAACCUGAACGAAGCCUUCGAAAGACAAUUUUGCAGCGGCUGUUUAGACCCACAAAUCACCACAAAAAUUGGAUUCACUGACAACAAAAUGAUGUUGCCGUAAUACUUGUAUUUCCUCUAUUGCCACAUACUAUACUAGUAUCGAUUAUUUCAGUGCAAAACAAAACAGAGCAAAAAUUGUCCUUUUAAAAUGUCGUCUGAUAGCUUAUGUGAAAUUCAAACCAAAAUACUAAUACUUCCUCACUUUUUACAAAGCCAAAAAAUCUAAUACCAACUUUAAUUAAAAUGCUUUGAAAUUUAAGGUAAACAGCGAUAUUUCGUUGGCUUGUGCCAACGAAACAUGACAAAUUUUGUGUAUAUAGAAUUUUGAACGAGCGAAAAUUGUGUUUAAAAAUAACACAAAGUUUACUCUUCUAAAUGAGGGUCAUAGAAAAAUCUGAUUUCUAUGUUCAUCUGUUUUUUAAAUACUUUGAAAACCUAAAAAUAAUAUUUUAAAACUAUUAUAGCAAAAUACAUGGCAAAAUGUUUAUUCUGAGGCUCAUUUUCUGAGUCGCCUUUUUCGUAUAAAUCACACUUGCACAUGACAUUUGCCAAAAUUCAGUACUUUCUUCAUUUUUUAGGCCAGUUUACAUUUUAUUAACAAAAACUGAAAAGAAAAGCACAUGUUCUGACUUAUAAUCACAUUUCAUUGGCACAACCUGUAUAUAUAUAUGAGGAAAUUAAGGUGAAAAACAAAUUGAAAAACAAGCAAUUUUUGCAAAAUACCUCACAUACUGAAAUUUGACGAUGAUCGUUGGCGCACAGUAUCACUCAAAAACCAAAUAUUUAUACUCUGUCCUGGACAACAAACGUAUGUACUGCAAAUUUCAAGUAACAUUCCAUCAAUAUUAAAUUCCUGCUUCAGGUUAUUUGCCAUCAAAAACACACACUUUGCAAGAAACGCCAUUUUCGGCCAUGUUUCAGCGAAGAAUUAUUAAUUUCCCAAUUGCGACAAGUAAUUGUGGUCUUGAUUAACGUUUAUUAACGUUUACGUCUGCUAGUUUUCUGUUAUUUAUCUUCUGCCGCAGUAAGAGAAACAGGGUAGCGAAUUUCUGUUUUUGUUGUUUUCACAAUUUUUGCUGGCAAAAAGAAAGCGUCCGCGAUAAAUUUGGUCAGCGACGGCAAUUUUCCGACCUGUUGGCGACAAUAGUUUUUGCUAAUGUCGCCAUCACUCGCCAUAAUUAUAUUACAACUUGGUUGACUUCCGGUUGGCGCACAUGUUGUCAAAACGUCGUUUCUUGAACUCCCGAAUAUCUAUGUGACAAUCGAUCGACUGUUAUUCGCAGGCUAGCCAAUUUUGCACACCAACCUAUGGCGGCCAAAAAUAAAAGGCUAGUCAAAGGGAUACUUGGAAAACAAUUAAAAAGUCUGGAUUAUGCGUCACUUCCUAACCUUAACUAAGCAUUUUAAAAAUAAAACGUUUGUAAAACAUGGUUUGAACGGCUUUAAAAUUCUGACGUCAGUAUAAUAAUAUUUUUCAAUACUCUGUAACUCAUGAUCAAGGAAAAAUAAUUGUAUCGGUAAAAACGUUUUGGUGAACACUCGUAUAGCAACAAAAUGCGGAGCAUAUAAAACAACCGGCUUUGUAGCAUUAAGUCUUUAUUUUUUUGCAAGGCCACGUGGUAACGUUUACAAGUCUACAGUACUUGAUGUCUUGAUAAUCACAAAACAAAACAUAUAACCGGGAUGGCCAAGUACAAUGAUAGGCAAAAAUAUAGCAAAAUAUAUACCGUAAUCCCAGCACUUAUAUAGGCUAGUUGCUUACUUGCUUACGGAAAAUCAGUGCAAUCACAUGAAAUCAAACGACAUCAUAAUGUUAUGAAAUCUCUGACAUAUCAAAUGACUUGACAGCGUGAAACACAUGCAAAUGCAAUCACAUGAGGUUACACGGAAUCAUAUGAAAUGACAUGUUACAUGAAAUGACAACAAAUCUCGUAAAAUCACAUGAAAUUGUGAAAUUACACGAAUGCAUCUGAAAUGACUUGAAAUCACAUAAAAUCUGGUGAAACACAUGGAAUCACACGAAAUUACACGAAUCAUAUGGUAGCCGUGAAAUCACACGAGAUCACAUAAAAACACACGAAAUCACGUGAAAUGCAAAUGUAUGACUGGCCACCAUAAAUAUACGAAAUCACAUGAUGAAAGGCGUUUUUCAAUUAGCAUAAUUACUUAGCAGUUUUUUCACUAUAAUGAAACAAAAAAGCCGGAAAAUUAAUGCUCGCUACGGAAACUAAAACCUUCCUAUAUACCUUUCAAGCAUUGCAGGAAUCAAUAAUCUCGUUAACUAGAAUUUAGAAAAAAACUUAAUUAAUUAAAAAAAAAAUUGUGGGCAUCGUACCCCCAUUUCAGGGAUAAAAUUGGCAUACGAGUCGUCAUGCAGACAAGGAAAGAAAAUCAUUUUGAAGUAUCAAUUCAGUUGUUACUCCAUUUGAACCAAACUGCUAUAAUACAUUUGCUACGAAACAAUAGACACUCCGAAAAUUGUAAACAUUCUUUUUUAAUUUUAAAUUGUUUUGUUACGCGGAAUGAUAUCCUAUAAAGUCCACAUAUUGACCAUAGAUUGGUCGGCCGUGGUUGGGUGGUGGUUAAGUGGGUUGGUUGGUGAGGGUUUGUGUGUUUACCAACAUUUUCAUUAUUUAAUGGGCGGCCGUGCAUAUGACCCGUUUACCGGUACGUUUCGCGGGAAAAACAUUUCCGUCUUUCCUAGGUUCCAUUCUAUACAGUACUUGGUUGCAACUAUUCAUUCCAUAUUUAUACAAUCAUUCCAUAUUUUAUACAAUAUAUCGUUAUAAACCAGCCAAUCAGAAGGGAGGUGCAGAUUCGAUUCAGGGCAUAUUGGCUUUGUAGCGUGCGUGGUGUGAACAUUUGCGGUUUCGCGGAUGAUGCAAAUUUGGGUGUAGUUUCCUGUAGGUGUGUGUGCACGUAAUAUUAUACGUAACUAUAACAUAAGCUGACGUCACGCAAACCUAAGCCUGUACUAUAAAUUAAUCUACUUUUACCAAAUAAAUUAUUCUUCAUCCGGGCUCUGUUGUGAGUAUGUUUAACUAAGAAGCAGUGUGAUCAGCGAGCUAUAAUUUAUUACGCAGACGUUCGUGUCGUCAAGAAACGAGACAAUCGGGCGCGGCUGCUUUUCCCAGGCUAUUUCCGAAUAUAAUAAACAACUUUAUUUGAGUGCAAAAAAACUGUUCAACAGUUCUAAAUAGAUUAAAUUAAAUAGGUUAACACAUUUUGGGAACACAAUGCAUUCAGCGAUCCAGCAAAAUAUACUCACCAUAACUGUCGACAUUAAAUUCACAUUAACCUGUGUCCACAUAACCUGAAAUAUAGAAUUAUAUACCUCAAAACGCUGGCAGAGAGACAUUCAUUCCAUUUAUAGAAGAGCCCUAGUGGAGGGUCACAACUGAAAAGACAAUGGAACAUCCUGAUCACCGGAUCAUGAUUGGAUGACAUGGGGAACAGCGAGAUCUGGCAACUAUAUAGCCUAUAUAUAAUUAUUUUGUGUGUGUUUGUGUUGUGUACUCAGGUGAAUAUGAUGUUUGUGAUGUUACUCUGGGUGUGCAUUCACACCGGGCAAGCUGAAAAAUUACCUUGGCCACGGUGGGAAUCGAACCCGCGACAUUUGGGAUACUAGUCCAAUGCUCUGCCAACUGAGCUACGUUGUCAAGUCUGUUCGAGUUUGAUACACUGAUAGCGAAGUUUGAUACACUGAUAUCGAAGGAACUAGACUCAGUUCCGAAAUAUCGUAAACUCGAAUCGACUUGACCACGUAGCUCAGUUGGCAGAGCAUUGGACUAGUAUUCCAAAGGUCGCAGGUUCGAUUCUCACCGUGGCCAAGCUAAUUUUUCAGCUUGCCCGGUGUGGAUGCACAUUCAGGGUAACAUCACAAACAACUAUAUAUAUAUAAUAGUAUUUAUUGUACGAUUUGCUAUUUUAGGACAUUUCUAGGUUCAUAUAGUUUAUCAUGUAAAUUAUCAGGCAAUUCAGCGAUGUAACUGUAAUGUGAUUUAUUUUAUAAUCAUAGCAAAGAUAUAUGUCUUCAAGAGGCCAAUUACACGAUACCACUAGUCGGAUACGAUUCUUAUCCUGCCGUAUGUACUCGAAUAAAUGCGUGUGUGGAUGUCACAUUUCAAAUUUCACCAUAAACUCAUGAACAGGAAUAGUGCGUUGGCAGUCGUUUUCAUACGCCAAUAUGAUCGUAUACGACAAGUCGAUCCAAUUGUAUAAAUGGCCGGUCUAAAGAAUUGGAGAAAGUCUGCCAUAAACAAAUUUGGCUGACGUUGUUUGCAUCGUUGCUCUCCAAUUCACAACUAUAUCGAUAUUGUGAACACGAAAGUCUCUCUGUACAACGCUAAGUGGUUAUAUUACUACCUUAAAAAAUAAGCAGAAACUCGACGUUUCGAGGGCCUUCGCUCGAAACGUCGAGUUCUGCUUAUUUUUUAAGGUAGUAAUAUAACCACUCAGCACAGCAUUUUCACAUUGGUACUACCCACACUGGUACAGACAGUCUCUGUACAAAGUUGUCGGCGUAUGAUUCGGAGAUACUCGCUCAUGUUGACAUUUCUGUCAACAAACCCAGAACAAUGCUUGCAUGACCUCGUCAAACCAACCCACUAAUUGAAACAAUAAUCGCGAGAAAAUGGUAACGGUUAUUCAAUUAUUAUUAUUAUUAUUAACUAUAUUUCAACACGGUACAAUUUCACCUAUACUAAAAUUAAUUAUGUACAAGAGAUAAAAAGAAAAAAGGUGAUCUUCCAACCGGCCGUGCUCACACAAACAGAAAUAAGAAAUAAUUACAAGAAAAUUAUUUUAAGUAGAUGGAAACAAUGGCAGGAUCACUUGAUGUUAAUUUGCAUGCUUCAAGUUAGAUUUAAAAUUAGCAAUAGUUGUUGAUGCUUUUACCGAUGCAGGAAGGCAGUUCCAGACUUCCGCACCUCUGUAGGAGAAUGCAUUUUUCAUACUAUUUGUUUUUGGUUUAGGCAAUGUCAAAUGGGCUCCCGACUGUCUUAUGUUAUGGUCGUGUACAUCACCAACAUCUGUGAACAUAUCACACAAGUAAUCGGGGACCAAUUUGUUUUUCACCUUGUACAUGAGAAUUGAAUCUUGUUGCAUUCUUCUUUUUUCGAGGUUCGGAACUUUUAGCUUGUUUAAUAUAUCAGCCGAUCGUGUCGUAUAAUUCUCACGAGUGAUUAUUCGAAACGCUCUGUUUUGUAAUUUUUGGACUUUAUCUGCUAAUGUUUUCCCUAAGCAACCCCACACUUGAGCACAAUAAUCGAAAUAAGGUUGAAUUAUGGAUUUGUAUAUUGUUAUUAAGGUAUUGAAUUCGACUGUAUCCCGGAGUCGUCUGAGAAUAGCAAGGCCUGAAGUGACCUUUUUUGAAAUGUGUUCGACCUGCGCGGUCCAGUCUAAAGACUCGUCUAUCAUUAGGCCCAAUGAUUUUGUCAUUUCAACUCUCUUAAUUUCUAAGUUACGUAUACUGAUAGCAGGAUCGGCAGUCACUUGACUAAGCCUUUUCUUGGAUCGAACCAAUUAUCAUAUAUUCGGUUUUACUAUUGUUCAGAGUUAAUUUGUUUGCGGACAGCCAAUUUGCAACAUUGUUUAAAUCUCUAUUUAAUGUUUCAGUGAUAACUUUGAUAUCGUCACUUGAUGUUGCAAUUUGGGUAUCAUCCGCAAACAUAUCUGGUUUUGUCCCGGCGUUUAAACAUUUUGGUAAAUCAUUGAUGUAAAUUAGAAAUAACAAUGGGCCUAAACCAGAACCCUGAGGUAUGCCUGUUUUCAUAAUUUUCGUAUGCCUGUUUUCAUUGAUGGACUUGAUAGUUUGCCAUUCACACAACAGCACUGGGUCCUAUUUGAUAGAUACGACUCCAGCCAGCGAUGUGCCGUUCCCUUUAUUCCAUAAGUUGCUAUUUUGUCUAAGAGUAUAUUGUGGUUGACAGUAUCGAAUGCUUUUUUCAGAUCCAGAAAUACAAUCCCAUUUAGUUUCCCAAUGUCAAUAUUUGUAUACCAUUCGUUGGUUAUGUCCAGUAAUGCUGUAACAGUUGAGUGAUUAAGUGGUCUAAAUCCGUGUUGGGAGUUUGAAAGUAGAUUAUAGUUAUGUAAAUAAUUAUAGAUUUGGUUAUAAAUCAGCUUUUCUGCAAUUUUGGCAACUACUGAUAUAACGCAUAUUGGUCUGUAGUUUGUCAUUUCAUCUUAAGCUUCAGACUUAAAGAUCGGAGUAAUUCUAGCGAUUUUCCAAUCAUUGGGAAAUAUGCCUGUUAAGAUUGACUGGUUGAAUAUUGAUGUUAGGGAUGGUGAAAUAACUGCUGCCGAAAUUUUUAAGAUACGAGAGGAGAUACCAUCGAUUCCCGAUGCUUUAUUGGGGCCUAAACCAUGAAGUAGAGUCAAAACAUCAUUUUCUGAAAUUUCUUGAAAGCUAGGGAGCCCAUUAGCUGGAUGGUGUACAUCACUGAGAAAACUAUCCGGUAAAAUAUUCGAUUGAGGAAUUUUAUUCGCAAGUUUAUCCCCUAGUUCAACAAAGUAUUUAUUAAAGGCAUUAGGGAUCAGCGUUUCGACAAUUACUUCACCAUUCUCAUCUUUCAUUUCUGGGAUUUUCUUAUUAGUUGACUUUCUAUUCAUCAAUUCGUUGAGUGUUUUCCAUGUUUGUUUUAAAUUUCCUGAAUUGCUAUGUAGUUUGCUUCGAUAAUAGGAGCACUUUGUAUCUUUUAUUUGCCUAUUGUAUUGGUUUUUUGCCUUUCUGUAGACAGACCAGGCAUCAGUUGUGUUGGUUGUUCUAGCUUUCUUAUGUAGAAAAUUAAUAUGUCGUUUAUUGUGAAUUACGUCUGUUGUUAGCCAAGGUAGUCGCUUAGUGCCGACUUUCCGUCCUUUUUACUGGGGCAUGGUUGUUCCAGAUUGUGAAGAAUUUAUUCUUCCAAAUCUGCCAAGAUAUAGUUGGAUCGUAUUGAUCCAGGUCAAAAUCGGAUAAGUAAUUUUCUAGGUGGCGCAAGAAUAUUUGUUCGUUGAAAUGUUUGUAGUCGCGGUAUUCGAUUAUUUUUGCAUUUUCUUUGCAGACCUUAAAUUUUCUGAUGCCAUAAAUAAGAUAGUGAUCACUAAUGGAAACAGUUGACACUCCCUUUGAAAUAAUAUUAUCAGGAUUUGUUGUAUAAAAGUGACCAAUUAAUGUCCGAGUAUCUUUAGUAACUCUUGUAGGUUCACUUAUCAAUUGUUCAUAUUGAUACAGUCCUGUAAUAAAUUUGAGUUCCGAAGCUUGGGGAGAUAGACUUGUGGAUAAGAAGUCAUAAUUUACAUCUCCUAGGAUAAUACUUUCUUUAUUGUCAUUGUCUAUUAGUUGUAAACAGUUCUUAAAUCUAUAAAGGGUGUCAAUUGGAUCGUUCGGUGGUCGAUACCACGUUGUAAUUAAGAACGGUUUAACGUUAUGUUUACUAAUUUCAGCUAAUUCUUGGCCGUUUCAAAAGUGUUUGCUUACUUUUAAGCACAGUUGUCUCAGCCAAUAUUGCAUGAAAAGGUACAAGACGUAUAUCAAAAUUUAAGUUGAACAUCGUAGAAUAUACGGUGACUUAUUUAUGAGUAAUAGCUCUUUUAGUUUUUGAAUCAUGGUGAAUCAAACUGUCGUACUUUCUUUGCCUUACCGGGGUAGUUUAUGAAACAUAGAAUAUAGAAUAUAGGUAACUAAGCAUGGGAAUUAUGUAUAAGAGUUGUUCACCCAAGCAGAUGUUGUAUAAUUAAGCUUUAGAAUUAUGAUAAUUCUAAAGCUUAAUUAUAUACUGUUGUAAACUAGAACAACGGUACAGUGAACUGCCUAUAUAUAUACUAACCUCGAUUGAUAAUUCGUGGAGGUAAGCAGGAGAAGAGGCAACAGCGACGUUGUUUACUAAAAAAUAUCCGUAAGAAGAAAUUGGUCGUAAGAUUCUUUAACCCUUUUGACUAAAAUAAACCGAUGCGCCUUGUGAUUGGCUAACAGUUUACAACCAUCACUGAGAACAAGGCAAUAGCGCUUACGGUUAUCUCUGUUGACGUGAUUAAACCAAGUUCUCAAUUUGCGGAACAAACAAAAACUCGGCGUUCUUCUUAUACCUACGCCAAAACACAUGUAUGAAAAUUUAGUUGAAUUCAAUUUACAAUCUAUAUGGCGAUACGGCAGCACUUUCCUUUGCGAUGGUGUUUUUUAGUGUACUAUAAACCGGAAUAUAGCAAGCGAAAACAUGUCUUAAAGUAAAAUUCGUUGCUGAGAACAAACACACUGAUUGAAGGUUAUUUCUUCACUUUACCUUAAAUAAAUUCAGGUAAUAUUUUCUCUACCUACCCAAAACACCAAUCUCAAAGCCCUCCAGUUCCUUGGCAAUUGGUUCAUAUAUUUCAUGACUACCAGAGAAAUCAACUUGGAUUGUUUUAGUUUUAACCUUGUAGUCUUUUUCUAGAAAAGAAAACGUCUCAUGUUAUCAAGUCUAAUGUGUACCUAAUACGUAUUUACCGUACAGUCAUCCUCUAUUAAACAUCCGGGGCUUAUAUAUUGUAGGCUUCUGAUGAGAAGACUGAGAAGGUUAUUGGAGAGACGGCUUAACAGAAAGGAAUUCGAUUUGGUGAAAACACAGUGGGUAAGAAGCGUACUGAGAGAGAAUCCUGGUAACUAGUGUGUUACUAUGACAACCACAUAAACGUUCCAAAAUGUUUGCUUAGGUGCCCUUAUUAACUGUUCCAAAUUUUAUCCAAUUUCGAUAUGAUUUCAAUUGAGAUAUUGGACUUUCUUCUCUUUCCUACUAUCUUAAGGUGGCUCCCUACAGUUAUUCUUGUUUACCCAAUAAUUCCGUAAAACAGGCUUAUUUGUGCAGAACGCGAAUUCGUUUCGACUUGGUGACAAUAUUGGUCACCUAAGGAAUAUUUCGAACUAGAUUUCGACAACGUCAGUGUUACCAUGGCAACAUGACGACAGCACAAAACCUUCCAAUUUAACCCAUAAAUGUGCCGCUAUCUCAAAAACGAUGUCGGUGACCUAUCUUUUUUAUUUCAUAUAUCAAUAGGGAAUGAUGUUCUGCAAUUGUGGUGAAAGUUUAAAAAAAUUCUGUAGUGUGUGAUUUUUUUAAAAGCGAAAAUUUUAUUGCGAUAUUUCCACACUACAGAUUUUUUUAAAAAUUGAAAUUUAUAUAAUUUACCGCAAAAUAAAUUCGUGGUCAAAAUUUGAAGAUAGGUCACCGAUGAAACUAAUGAGUAAAAUGCAAACAAAGUUAGAAAAUAGCCUCGUGUAACUCGAGAAAUUCCCCUUAUUGAAAAGCGUCGCUGACUAGUAAAAGAUUGUACGCGGGCGCAGAACGAGUUUUCAUUCAGCAAAAUCGAGCGGAAAUGUUGUUUUUACUGUUUUGUUUUUGUCAACUUUUCGAUUUAUUUGAGUGCCAUGGACAGCCAAGGAUUAAUGUGAAGGAUCAAAUCGAUGAAAACAAGGUUGAAGCUAAUUAAACCCUGCCGUUUACUGAAUCUAUGAGCUGUAACAGUCUAUUAACAGGUGGACGUGUUUUUUUGUUUCAUGUUUGGUUUUGUACUUUUUGCUAAAAAUGAACAAUUAGGCUAUGAAACUGAAAUAUUUUUCUGUUUACAUAUAAUCACUUUAAUCUUGUAGACACACGACUAAAGACGUGAACGUUUUCUUGAGAAAUAAAUAACUUUUUAAACGUUUGUAUGCAAUUUUGCAAAUGUUUUACAGUUGACAGUGUAUAUUAAAAAAAAUUAAAAAACAUUGUUUCGUAGCUAUUUUUUGGUCUAGUGAUAUUCGUAUCAUAUGUAGAAUUGCUGUAUAGACUCGCAAGUGAUUUGGCACUCAAAACGAAGUAUUAUUCAACGCUUUUUUCCAUUAGAAACCUUUCAGAAAUAGCUUUAUUUUUAAAAAAAGCGUGGUCAAUUUUUGUUUUGUUUUGAUCAUGCGGUUGCGUGGGAUAGUUCACGUACUGGUCCCGCGAACAUCCCGCACGCAACUGUAGGGAGCCUCCUUAAGCCAAACUAGUAACGCCGUGAUACAAAAAAUAAAAUGCCCGAUAACUUGAAUUGGGAACGAGAUGAGCUGUGAAUAAAUUGUUUAAGGCCAUGCAUUCUUCAUCAUUUUCAAGGUACUUUCAAGUGAUGCAUAAAAAUGGGUGGAGGGGUGGAUUUCGUGUCACUUGCACUUUAUUAAUAUAUCACAAGUCGUUUUGGUUUAUGUUAACAUGCACGGUCAUGGUGCUUAAUUGAGCUCAUUGUAUUUUCGUAUAAUUACGUAAUCGUCCAAUAGGAUUGCUGAGUUUGAAGGUGCAACCUAAUGAAGUAUUUGUCCACGUCGAAAUACAGUUCAACAUCACACAAAAGCCUUCUAUUUUGUAGUUUUGAUGUUUGCCGGGCUUCCAGACCAUCAUAUCUUCACAGCAGACUAUGUAUGAUCAUUAUGUUACUCGCACUAUUAUAAUUUUCUUUGUUCACGGACCAAAAUCACAACUCUAACCCUAACGGCCUGGUGUGAGCACUGAGUAAGAGAGUGCGCCUGCAGCAUCUGUCUUCCGUGCUCUCUUAGAACAGUCAUUUAUACUCACCAAUCUCAAAUGCAACAUCAUCAAGCUUUGCCUUAGUUCGACUCAUCAAUAUAAUAUUCAGACCUUUGGCAGCCAACUAUAAAUGAAACACAGUUUAACUUUAGCACAGUCAGGUUGAUUGGCCAGUCCACCGAUCUGAAAGCAGUUUAAAUCCUGACGUUGCAUGUAGUUUACUGAGAAAUUUUGAGGGUAUAUAAAUUAAGUGGCCGGUUAGGUAACCAUGCAAUUUCCUGUAUAAAAUUGACUCAGAGUCAUGAAACAGACACGGAAGAAGAAAAAUCCUUUAAAAAACCUUUACCAUUGUUCAUGCAUGUGCAUUCAAUCAAUCAUUCCAAUUAUUAUCAGGCUAGCACGCUUCUCAUUAAGGAUUAAUUACAUUGCAAAUCCAGACUGACGGUUGAGCAACUUAUUGACCCGUCUAAAUAGCAGCUGUGCGAAUUACUGGUCAGCCUCAGCAAGAAAACCACAUAAUUGUUAUCUUUUGUGUGACCUCAUUACAAGACUUGAGGAUUUCGCUUACAACCUCUCGGAAAGAGCGUCACUUUGACUGUUAGCGUUUCAUUUUUGCGUGUGUGUCAUUAGUUAACAUCCACAAUCACGUUACCUGUUUAGCAUAUGACUUUCCAAUUCCAUCUGUACAGCCUGUAACCACUAAUAUGAAAAAUGAACAAUGCACGUAAUUGCGGGAAUCACUGAGCUAGUAUUUUAAUCAAUUCCCUUACAAAAAAAUCCUAUAGGCCUGGCCCAAAGGCCAUCCUAUAAUAGGUUCCUAUAGGAAACCUAAAGGUUUUUAUUAGUAGGCAAUUGGAACAUUUUCUAUAGAUGACCUAACGUGGCGCAUAUAUAUAAGCCUACAGAGCUCGAUAUAGAUGCCUAUAUAUAGGCUUCUUUAGAGAAUUGGAACAUUUCCUAUAUGCAACUAUAGGCCACCCUUAGACUUUUUUUCAUACAACAUAAUACGAUAGUAACUCCGAAAACGGUUACUAUUGCAUUCUAUUAUGCUGACAGUACAUUUUGAAUUUUUACUUGCUGGGAACCAUUUGGGCAUAGCUAAGCUCAGCCUGUCAUGCAUGCCUGCCGCGGAGAAUUAUAAUUUCGGCGUACCCUUUGCGCCGAAUGCGCCCUGGCCUGUCAUAUUAUAUGGAGUGAAAAAUAUCCAUAUAUAACAAUUAUACCAUGUGAGCUCAAGUCAUAUAUGAGCUGCCAUUGCUCUCCUUUAAUAAUAAAAUUCAAAGGUGAGAAAAUACGAACUCCCAAUCCUACCAAAUGUGUCACCAGCCCCCUCUCCCCCCAAUUGAAGUGGCAAAGGAACACCACUGCAGAAUCUGCUAGCUGUAGACUAUGGUUAAAUUAGAUUAUAAACCUAGAAGUGAACGAGAUUACUAAUUUCACCGACAGUUAAAGCCAAGGAGUCUAUCCAUAUUACAGAAAUUAUGGAGUGGAUUUGAUCCAGGCCCGCUUUUAAGAAUUCGUCCGUUUGGGGGCAUUUACAAUCACGCUAUUCAUCAUGUCCCAAGAAGUCAUAUGACUAUGGAGCAAUUAGUCGUUUUCUGCCAUGCACCAUAGUCUCCAGAUUUGAACCGGUAGAAGAUUAGUCUUUGCGAAUGUUAAACACUAUUUGCAUCACAGAAUCACUUG